AUGUCUUCUUCACAAGUAUCAAGAAAACAAGUACAAAGAAAGUUGGAGCCAUCAAUAUUCAAUGUACAACCACAUUCAGAUUUUAUAAGAUAUUUAAGUGAUUUUUUGUAUAAUCAACUUAAUUCAGAAAACAUAGAACAUUUAGAGAUUGAAGCCAAACUAGGAUUACUUUUGGAUAAGAAUAAUCCAGAGAAAACAAGAAUUAAUUUACCAGUAGAGUGUGAAACUAUAAUUUCACCAAAUGAAUCAUCAUGGAUAAAGUUUGAAAAUAGAGGAAAAAUCAGAGUAACAACCAAUGAACAUGGAAAAACUACUAUAGCAAAUCUAAAUAUCUAUUCACCAAGAACCAAUUGUGAUUAUCGCAUAUCUGUCAACAUUGAAAAACCAAUGGAAAUGCCAAGAGGACAGUAUGUAUUUGAACGAAAAAAGAAUCGAAUGAGUUAUUGUCAUCAAUUAUUUAAAGUUGAUUUAACUCAAGUCGAAGAAGCCAAGAAAACAACGUAUCAAAAUUAUAAUUAUAAUAAUUAUAACAAUAAUUUACAAAGUAUAAAGCACGAAUUAGAAAUUGAAUUUAUUGAUCCAAAAGUUUUAUAUAAAGAAAAACUUGAUAUUAUAAAAAAGCAACAAAGUAAAUUUAGAGAUAUUGUUGAAAUAUUUGUUAAUAAUAUUAGGCUACUUGCAAAAAAAUGUAAUUAA